AUGGUGACGGUGCGUAGGCCGUGGCCCGCCAUGGCCACAGUGUUUCUGGCCCUGCUCGCCUGCCUGGGGGCGUUGGUCGACACCUAUCCCAUCAAACCCGAGGCUCCUGGCGAAGACGCUUCCCCUGAGGAGCUGAAUCGCUACUACACAUCCCUGCGCCACUACCUCAACCUGGUGACCCGACAGCGGUAUGGGAAACGCGACAGCCCGGACCCUGUCGUCUCCAAACUGCUCUUCCCCGACGGCGAGGACCGUCCCGUCAGGUCGCGGUCGGAGGGCGCCGACCUGUGGUGA